AUGGAUUCCUAUUCACUCAACCGAGCAGCUCUCGAUGAGUUCGUCACUACGAGAGUUACCCGGGAAAUGAUAGCACACUUGGCCCAACAGGCAGCGCAGGUUAUCCGCUGUGAGGCCCAUGUGACCAACACCGUCAACCAGAAUGGACAACCUACACCACCAUCCACCCCUCCAAUGGAACCAUCCAACUUGCCUGCCCUUCCCUCAAUCGAGGCCUUCAUCGCCUCACUCGUCGCCCGGUCGCAGGUGCAGGUGCCCACUCUCAUGAGCUGUCUCGUCUACCUCGGCCGUCUUCGUUCCCGUCUGCCACCAGUCGCGAAGGGUAUGCGCUGCACCGUCCACCGCAUCUUCCUUGCCUCACUCAUCCUCGCCGCCAAGAACUUGAAUGACUCCAGCCCUAAGAAUAAACAUUGGGCUCGUUACACCGCAAUUUCGGCUUCUCUCUCCCCCGAGGUCAACCUCAUGGAACGUCAGCUUCUCUUCCUCCUCGACUGGGACCUACGCAUCACCGAGCAGGACCUUUUUACCUACCUCGAACCAUUUCUCGUUCCCCACCGUCAGCGUCUCCUUGCCCAAGAGCAAGAACGUCUCGCCGAAGAAGAACACCGUCACAAGCAACAACAACAUCGCGAAUGGCGCCGUCUUCACGUAUCAGCGGAUCUGCUAGCCAGCCGUCUCCGCCGCCAAAAGCUUGAAGCUCGCGGCGAGGCCCGUCGCACAAAUGACAACUCUCUCCGCCGUCUGCCCAGUCACGUCUCCUGUCCAACGAUGCACAACACCCACUAUGCCACCCAGAAUGUAGUCGACCAUGAUCGCUACAACCCCUACCAGCGCCAGCGCGCAUCUCCCAACAGAGCCAACCGCUCAAUCUCCCCACCAUCCGUUCGGGACGUACCAGCGCUCUCCCACGCCGAGACCUCCAACUCUCUCUGCUCGCGCUCGUCCAGUGCCGCCCCCAGCUCAAGCGGCACACCAGCCUCCAUCAGCACCGUCUCCUCCCAAGGCGCCGAUGACCUCCUGCUCACGGACUCAACCCGCAGCCCGUCAUCCCUCUCUAUGAACUACGGCUAUGUCAAUGUCGCCCACCUCGAAUCCAAGAAGUCCUUCGAGCCUAUCCGCCAGCCAUCCAAGAAGCUGAAGACCAGCAACAACGCACACAGCGGCGGUUUCGUGGCUCGUUUCCUGGCCUCCGCGACAGGCUCGUACAUGGGCAGUCGUCGAUCCAACUAA